AUGGACGUCAUAAAAGCGGUUCAGAAUUAUCUGAACAGGAUGAUAACCGAGGUGACGGGGAUGAAGGUGUUGCUGAUGGACGCGGAAACGACGGCCAUCAUCUCAAUGGUGAUGACACAAACGCAACUAUUACAACGAGAAGUCUACCUGAUAGACCGCAUAGACAACCGUCAACGGGAGAAGAUGAAGCAUUUGAAGUGCAUAGCCUUUGUGCGGUCGACGGGCGAGUCGGUACAGGCGUUGGUGGAGGAGCUCCGGGAUCCGCGCUAUGGAGAUUACUACUUAUAUUUCAGCAAUACGCUGCGGAAAUCCGACAUAGAACGCUUGGCGGAAGUGGACGAGCACGAGGUCGUUCGUGAGGUUCAGGAGUACUUUGCGGACUUCCUGUCCAUCAACGCAGACCUUUUCCACCUCAACCUGCAAGCGCCAAUGAACCCGAUGUUCACGGAGAACCUAUCGACUUGGGAUACAAAAACCUUUCAACGGACAACAGAAGGGAUUCUCGCAAUGCUGUUAGCAUUGAAGAAGAAGCCGCUGAUUAGAUAUGAAAAGAGCUCUUCUCAUGCGAAGAAACUGGCUGGGGAGCUUGCGUACCAAAUGCAACAAGAGGGUCCACUCUUUGAUUUUAGGAGACCAGACACAGCACCGAUACUUCUCAUCAUGGAUCGUCGCAACGACCCUGUCACGCCAUUACUGUUGCAGUGGACAUAUCAGGCGAUGGUGCACGAGCUGAUUGGUAUCACGAACGGACGGGUGGACCUGUCAUCGGUACCAGAUAUCAGACCGGAAAUGAAGGAAGUCGUCCUCAACCCGGAUCAGGACAGCUUCUACCGCAAGAACAUGUACCUCAACAUGGGCGAUUUAGGCGGCAACAUCAAAUCAUACGUCGACGAAUAUCAAACGAAGCACAAAUCAUCCGCCCAGGUUAACUCCAUCACCGACAUGAAGAAGUUUGUAGAGGAUUACCCAGAGUUCCGAAAACUCUCGGGAAACGUCACGAAACAUGUCACGCUUGUCGGGGAGUUGAGUCGGCAGGUCGGGAGGGGUCACUUGAUGGAAGUCGGAGAGCUGGAGCAGAGUUUGGCUGUGAAUGACAACCAUACGCAGGACUUGAAGCAACUCAAAGCCCUCGUCGAGCGGACAGACAUCCCGGAUGACGCUCGGGUGCGUCUCGUCCUGCUUUACGCGCUACGCUACGAAAAGUCCCAGGCGAACGCCACACCGCAACUUCUCGACAUUCUGGCACGUAGCGGAGUCAGUGACAAGAAGAUCGCGCUCGUCGGCCACAUGAUACAAUAUGCCGGCUCAGACCAUCGUCUCGAAGACCUCUUCUCCAACCAAAACGUUUUUUCACGGACCAAAAACGUCUUCAAAGGCUUGCAGGGCGUCGAGAACGUCUACACGCAGCACUCACCGCAUAUGGUCGAGGUGUUGCAGGAGUGUAUCAAGGGGAAACUGAAGGAUCAGCUGUAUCCGUUUGUGGAGGGGGUGUCCCGGGAUAAACCGCAGGACAUCAUCGUGUUCAUGAUUGGCGGCACGACGUAUUCGGAAGCAUACGAAGUCAACAAGCUGAACGCUGCAAACCCUGGCGUGCGGAUCGUGCUGGGCGGUACCACCGUGCAUAGUUCUGGCAGUUUUCUCCGCGAAGUAGCCGACUCCGUCACGCGCUGGAGCGGAUCCGGUAAGAGUCACGCGCCGGCGUCGUCGCCACCGCAGGACCGGCUGCGCAGUGCCCGGAUAUGA